UAUAUUUAAAAACUCACCGCGGCUAUAGUAACGGCUCAGUUGGUUCAACGUGAGAGUAUCAACGAAGACACUCGUCGGUACUGGGUCAUUCAUUUAAGAAAUUGCCAAUUGCAAAAUGAAAUUAAAUCACAUAUUAUUUUUCUCGUUCCUCAGUGUUUUGUUUAAUCAAGUGUUAACGCUUAAUAUAUUAGGAGUGUUUCCAUAUGAAGGCAAAAGUCACUUUUUCGUUUUCGCGCCAUACUUAAAGGAGUUAGCAAGAAGAGGCCAUAAUUUGACUGUAAUAUCGUAUUUUCCGCUAGAAAAACCAAUGGAAAACUACCAUGAUAUAAGUUUGUCCAAAGACGUUAAAAUAUUGGAAGAUGUGUUUCCAAUUAAAAGAUCAUAUUGGACAAUUAUUCAAAUAAGUUUCUUCUUAAUCAAUUCGGGAACAGAAAAUUGUAAAACUUUGCUAGAUGACGAGAAUGUACAGAAUCUGUGGAAAUCUAAACAGAAGUUCGAUCUAGUGGUGACGGAACAGUUUAACAGUGACUGUGCGUUAGGGCUCGCUCACGCGCUGGGAGCGCCGGUGGUCGGGCUCACCUCGUGCGUGAUCAUGCCCUGGCACUACGAGGCCUUCGGCAUCCAGUACAACCCCGCACACGUACCUAUACUGUUCUUGGAAGGAGGCACCAAGCCCACAUUAUACCAAAGAAUUGAAAGGACCAUUUUACAUUUAUACUUUGUUUAUUUGCACAAAUUAACUUGUCGGAAAGAAAAUGACAAGACAUUAGCUAAAUAUUUUAAGGAUAUCCCACCAGUGGACGAAUUAGCACAAAAUGUCAAUAUGUUGUUAUCAUAUUCACAUAACUCGAUAACUGGUCCUGGUCUUUUACCCCCAAAUGUCAAGGAAGUUGGUGGAUAUCACGUUGCCAAACCCAAAGAAUUACCAAAGGAUUUAAAGAAAUUCAUAGACGAGGCUGAACAUGGCGUGAUCUACAUAAGUUUCGGAUCCAUGUUACGAGCCACUUCUACGCCCAAAGAUAAAUUGGAAGCCAUCAUCGGAGCCAUAUCACAGUUACCGCAGAGAAUCGUUUGGAAGUGGGAAGAAAAGAAUUUGCCCGGAAACCCCAAAAACGUAUUCAUAUCUAACUGGUUGCCACAAAACGAUAUUCUAGCUCAUCCAAAAGUUCUGGCAUUUUACUCCCACUGUGGUAUGUUGGGUACCACGGAGGCCAUAUACCAUGGAGUACCCAUGAUAGGCAUGCCAAUCUUCGGAGACCAGCCAGGCAAUGCAGGUGCCAUAGAAGAAAGUGGACUAGGAGUACAAAUCGACAUCAGGCAUUUGACUAAAGAGUUGUUAUUGGAGAAAUUCAAGAUUGUUCUGAACCCUGAGUUUAGAAGAAAAGUGAAGGACCUAUCAAGAGUGUGGCACGACCGGCCGCAGUCAGCUAUGGACAGCGCCAUCUAUUGGACAGAGUACACAGCACGUACUGCCAACUACAGCUUCGGAACACCGGCAGCGAAGUUACCUAUCUACAUAUUCAGAUCGUGGGAUAUCAUUGCAGUUUUAGGAACUAUGUGCUUAGCCAUCCUUAUAUCUUUGAAAUUAGUAAUAACUUUCGUGUACAAAAAACUAACGCAAAAACCAAAAAUUAAAACUAAUUAUAUGAUAGGCGAGUUGUCGCGAGAUAGGUCAGUCUGGUGCCGGAGGCCACCGAGAACCGACGCGCACACGUUUGCACCAACACGAUUUGCGCGCAUUACUCGACACAACAUUCUCGCGACACCCGCGGCCUUCGAAUUCGAGAUGAAGCCAAGUGCACUAAUUGUUACAUUAUUAUCAUUACUAGUGUUAACAGACUAUGCCUGCAGUCUAAACAUUCUAGGAAUAUUUCCGUACAAUGGCAAAAGCCAUUUUAUUGUGUUCCGUGUUUUUUUACGUGAACUCGCCAAACGAGGUCAUAAUGUGACUGUUAUUUCUCAUUUCCCAGAACAGGAUCCACCUGCAAAUUAUCAUGAUAUUAGUUUAGCUGGAAGUAUAAAAGCCAUUGAAGGCGAGGCACCAUUUGAGAGCUCAUACUUCACUCUAUUUCUUGUCAGUCUAUACCUUGCAACCACUGGUGUAGAUAAUUGCAAAGUAUUGCUAGCUGACGACAAAGUGCAAAGAUUAAUUAAGGAAAAACCAAAGUUCGACGUAAUUGUUGUGGAACAGUUCAAUAGCGAUUGCGCUUUGGGUAUUGCCUAUAAGUUCCAAGCUCCUGUUGUGGGCAUAAUAUCGCACAUACUGAUGCCUUACCAUUAUGAAAGAUUAGGUGUUCCUUACAAUCCAGCGUAUGUCCCUUUCCAUUUCCUAGAAGGAGGGACUAAACCCUCAUUGUAUCAUAGAGUGGAGAGAACAAUAUUUGACUUCUACUUUAGAAUGCUUAAUCGUUAUUACACUCAAAGGAGUAACCAGAACACGCUUGCUCAAUACUUUGAUGAUAUACCUCCUCUAGAAGAACUAGGAAGAGAAAUAAAGUUUCUUCUUCUGUAUCAUAACUUCAUUCUUACUGGAUCCAGACUGUUUCCUUCCAAUGUAAUUGAAGUCGGAGGUUUCCAUGUCGUCGAUGCAAAACCAUUGACAGGUGAUCUUAAAAAGUUUGUAGAAGAGGCCGAACAUGGAGUCAUCUAUAUUAGUUUCGGGUCCAUCGUCAAAGCUUCUACUAUGCCAGCAGAAAAAGUACAAGAAGUUUUGAAUGUCAUGAAACGACUGCCUCAAAGAUUCGUCUGGAAAUGGGAAGACAAAACUUUGAUGGUAGAUAAAGAUAAACUUUACACGAACAGUUGGUUACCCCAAGUGGAUAUUCUAGCUCAUCCAAAGACGUUAGCGUUUUUGUCUCAUGCUGGGAACGGUGGUACAACAGAAGCCAUUCACUAUGGCGUUCCAAUGGUAGCCAUGCCGGUGGGUGGAGACCAGCCCGCUAAUGCAGCAGCUAUCGAAGAAAGCGGCCUCGGAGUGCAGUUACAAAUCCGAGACUUGAAUGAAGAGAACUUACUGAAUGCUUUCAAAAAAGUAUUAGAUCCCAAAUUCCGCCAGAGAGUGAAGGAAGUAUCAAAGGCAUGGCAUGAUCGGCCACUACCGCCCCUCGACACCGCAGUCUACUGGACUGAAUUUGCUGCCAAAUAUCCCAAUUUCAACUUCAGAACCGCAGCAGCUGAUGUGCCAUUCUACCAGUAUAUACACCUAGAUGUAGCCGCUGUUUUCAUCACAAUAAUUAGUCUAAUAUUUAUUGCACUCCGAACAGCACUCAAAGUUUGCUGUGGACGGAAAGAAAGUAAAGGAAAAUCUAUAAAAAGUAAUAAAAUUGAAAAGAAAAAGGCAAAGCGUGCGUAGACGUAUGCAGAAGACGAAACAAUAUUGGUUCAAUUAGAAAACUGUAUCGGGGCCUAUUCUAAUAGACUGUUAUUUAAAUAACUUAGGAAGUUUUAUCUAUUACAAAUUACAAACCAAGAAUACGUCGCUACAUUGUAUUAUAAAAACUUCAGAAAAACAAAAUAUAUAGUCCUAUCUCAUCUACAAGUUGGCUGUCAAUUGACUGUUCUCUAAUUUACCUAGCUUUUAAUACCGUAAAUAAAAUUCAAAAAAAGGCUUA